ACUGAAAUUCCAAGUAUAAUUUUUUUCAAACUUGAAUUAUUUAUGUUUGAAAGGUCUUUGCAGAUAUAAUGUAGAUAUAAUCAGUAUCACAUGUAUUGAACCCUGCUCAUAUAAACAAUCCCCAAGCACUGUUAUCAGCAAUCAGCUGUUUUUAAUUGUCAACGCUUAUAUGCACUCAAGUUCCUUCGCGCCGCGGUUUUCAACUAAGAUGUUGGUAUUUCCACCAAGAUGUCUGAAACUGGCAAAGUUACAGCUGCUUUAUGGAGCAUCACGAUAUCGGCGGUACAUACAAAGUGCUCCAAGCGACUGUCCGGCAGUGGAAGUGAAUUUCUCCAAUGGGCGCCACAUUACUUUGAGUUCUGGUAAACUGGCACGAUUUGCCAAUGGCACAGCUGUCAGUCAAAUGGGUGACACCGCUGUAAUGGUUACCGCAGUGGCGAAACCUAAGCAGGCACCUGGUGCUAGCUUUAUGCCACUCGUUGUUGAUUACCGCUUAAAGAGCGCAGCUUCUGGACGCAUACCUAUGAAUUUCAUGCGUCGAGAAUUGGGCCCAUCCGAAAAAGAAAUACUUUCCGCUCGCCUCAUAGAUCGUUCUGUGCGGCCACUCUUUCCUGCAGAUUUUCGUACAGAAACGCAACUUGUGUGCAAUAUUUUAUCUAUGGAUUCAGUUUAUUCUCCCGAUAUAUUGGCUAUAAAUUCGGCGUCAAUGGCUUUAAGCUUAAGCGACAUACCUUGGAAUGGUCCGAUUGGUGCGGUGCGCGUUGGUCUCUGUGAUGGUGAAGUAGUGGUCAAUCCCACACGACGUGAGUUGCAAACAUCUCAGCUAGAUUUAGUGGUGUCGGCAACGAAACACAAUCUAGUUGUCAUGUUAGAAGGAAAAGGUAAUGUGGUGCUUUUGCAAGACUUGCUCAAGGCUGUUAAGCAAGGUACACGAGAAGCACAGUUUAUAAUAAAUGAAAUUGAACGUUUACAAAAAAUGUAUGGACGGAAGAAGCGCACCGUUGAAGCGCCGCCUUCCACGGAAACAGAAAUCUCUGAUGCUGUAAAGAGUAUGUGUGAGAUGCGUUUGCGUGAAAUCUUUCAAGACGCUACACACGACAAAAUAACUCGUGAUAAUGCUGUGAACGAAGUGCGUACAAAUGUUAUUGACAAAGUGUGGUCCUCAUAUCCAGAUACUGAGCCAUCAUUAAUAGCAGAAGAAUUCAAUAAAAUAUGUAAGAGUAUAUUCAGAAGUCUGUUAUUUGAAGGAAACAGACGUUGUGAUGGACGAGACUACGAUAGUUUAAGAAAUAUUAGUUGUCAGGUUGACCUUUAUAAGCCGCUACACGGCUCAGCUUUAUUCCAGCGCGGGCAAACACAAGUAUUUUGCACAGUUUCUCUUGAUUCGCAUGAAAGUGCCAUGAAACUGGACGCGAUCACAGCGCUGGAAAGUGGACUGAAGGCCAAAAAUUUCAUGUUGCAUUACGAAUUCCCACCUUACGCCACCGGUGAGGUGGGACGAAUAGGACCUAUCGGACGACGAGAGCUGGGUCACGGUUCAUUAGCGGAACGGGCGUUGGUACCAACUCUACCGCACGAUUACCCCUUUACGGUGCGUCUCACAUCCGAGGUAUUGGAAUCAAACGGCUCUAGUUCCAUGGCAUCGGUUUGUGGCGGCUCUAUGGCGCUGAUGGAUGCAGGCGUGCCAGUAACAGCACCAGCGGCCGGCGUCGCUAUUGGUUUGGUUACUAAAUAUGAAAAUAACGACACAAAACACCUCACCGAUUACCGCAUACUCACCGAUAUAUUGGGCAUUGAAGACUACAUGGGUGAUAUGGAUAUGAAAGUGGCAGGCACGCGUAAGGGGUUCACAACUAUCCAAGCUGAUUUGAAGGUGCCUGGCAUACCGUUAAAAGUCGUAAUGGAAUCUCUCCAAAAGGCGACCGACGCAAAGGGAAGAAUACUUGAUAUUAUGGGUGAAGUGAUUAGAGAGCAUCGCAAAUAUCCAAAAGACUGCUGGCCCGUCACUGAGCGCAUAACCAUUGAACCUCAACAGCGCGGUCAACUCAUCGGACCCGGUGGUAUGCAUUUGAAACGUAUCUACCUCGAAACGGGCGCUUCACUCACAGCCGAAGAUGAAACCACAUACAGCAUAUUUGCGCCUUCACAAGCAGCUAUGGACGAGGCGAAGGAGCAUAUAGACGCCUUGCUGACGAAGGAGCGAAUACCUGACUUGGAAUUUGGUGGUAUCUAUAGUGCGAAAAUCACAGAAAUACGCGAUACGGGUGUGAUGGUGAUACUAUAUCCCAGCAUGCCGCCUGCACUGCUGCACAACUCACAGUUAGACCAACGAAAGAUUGCGCAUCCGUCCGCCUUGGGCUUGGAGGUGGGACAGGAAAUACAGGUGAAAUAUUUCGGGCGCGAUCCUGUCUCCGGCUUCAUGCGUUUAUCACGCAAAGUACUGCAGGGCGCUGCCUCAAGUAUACCGCGCAGUCACAAUAAAGCUACUGAGGAGGCGGCGUAGUGAAGAAAGAAAGCCUGUUCAGCUAUAGGUACCAUACCUAUACCGUUAGUUGUGUUAAAUGCUGCCAAUUAAUGAAAACACCGUUAAUAUGUGUGUUUAAAAAAUCCACGUUAAAACUUUUAUUAUUACAAACUACAUUACAACUACAUAUAAAUACAUGCAAAUGACACAGAUGAGCAAACUUAGGUAAAAUCGAAAACAUAAUUUAUGAACAUAAUAAAAUAGAUAAAUAAAUGAAUACAAAAAA